AUGGCUAAAUGGGGCGAAGGAGAUCCGCGAUGGAUUGUAGAAGAAAGAGCUGACGCUAAAAAUGUUAAUAACUGGCACUGGUAAGGGAGAAAACAUGCUGGAAUUUCGGUGUAUGUUGCACGUGGCUAAAAAUUUAAAAUGUGACUUACAAACUUGGCAAUGAUGACAGACACUGGGUCGAAAAAGGUUGUUUUGAACGCGAUUUGUGAACUGCUGGGUUUCUUCUUAUCUUAGGACUGAGAAAAAUGCAACUCCAUGGUCCAAGGAAAGAAUCAAGACACUUUUGAAGGAUUUAGAGAUCGAAACAGAUGAAGGUAUGUUUACAGGCCAGGGUUAAAAUAUUACUAGCUACGUUACGCAAACUUUUCAUAAGGGUUUUAACCCAGAUAUUACACAUUCAAAUUUAUUCAUUGCUAAUGUUCAAAACUCCUCUGCACUCCAUGUAUUAUACUUCGUUUGCAAAGAUGAAAAUGAAACACACACACACACAAAAUAAAUAUGAUCUAUCAAAAAUGUCCGAGUCAAAAUGGAGGAUUCAAGUCAUCAGGGUUAUUGAAAAGGGUUACAAUAGUUUCAAAAGAAACUUUGUUUUGCUGUUGUGGUUUUGGAAGGAGAAUUACCUCCACCUCUCCCUAAAAAUGGCUUCAUCAACUGAUAUAUUAAAGGAGAAUAAUAUUUACCACCAUUAGAAGAUUCAAAAUCUUACAUUUUGAUUGGUAUUGUUUUGUAAUUAACUCUGACAGACGGUUAGUUCAUCAGCUUCUGAAUCUUUGUCAUGGUGACAGAUGAAAGUUUGCUCAUCAGGGAUAAUUAUUGCCUACAGUAUUAACAUGUCAAAAUAAUAGUCUCAGCAAGACCAUUAUUCCUAGAUUCCAAAAAGAGUGAAAGAGGAUGUUUUUCUCCUUUCUAAUGCACUUUCAGUGUUCUAUUUUUUAAUGGGAUGGGUUGAUUGGUCCCAUAGCCACCCCCCUCCCUACACUGAAGGCUACAGACCACCCUUUUUGUUGGGUGUCUUCCUUACACAAUGAUUUAAGUCUUGCACUUUGAUUAGUUCUGGUAUCAGAUGACUAAACUGAUUUGUGCAGCAUAGUAACAUUCAGGGCUGUCAAUAAGGGUCGGCAGCCGGCCAAAACCGCCGGCUAGUUAGCCAUCCUUAGCCGGCUACUUUUAUCUCUUCUCCCAUAACUGCUAACAAAAAAAAAGCACCAUCGAAUAAAAUUGUAAAGCAUCCAUGUUCCAGUUUUGACUGACAUUGAACACAUAUUUAAACAGGUUUAGAUCUGUGAAACGUUUGAACCGUGCCAUGUAGUGUAAUGCCUGCAACAUUUCGAUAACAUUGUUCCCAGUCUUGCGUGUAUUCUGACGAAACAACAUAGCAUCCGCGGUGAAAAAUACCUCUUGAAAACCCCUGGAAAUGCUAUUUCUGAGACUCUAAAUUUCAAAAUGUCCCUAGAUGUCUCGGCCCUCAGGAACUUGUGCCUUUGGUGAGAGUUCUAAGGCCGCCUACUAUUCAUUGUCAGCCUGCUACUUGAAAACUUUUUGACAGCUCUGAACAUUAUGGCAGCCUAUUGUAUUAUAUAUUUGUUGUUUUGGGAAGUAAUUUAAAAGUAUGAUGAAAGACUAGUGAAAACCCCUUGCCAUAAUUCGACACUGAUGAAAACUGAGAAAAAGGCUGGCAUCAAGAAAGCCAUUGUCAAUAAAUGAGAAUCAACCUAGGUUAAGUCAAUACUAACCUGAAGUCAAAUUUGACCUGUAACAUGUAUAUUCUUUAGUCCUUUAUUUUUCUCUUGCCUUUGCAUGUCUUCCUCCUUGCGCCCAUGGCAAUUAAAAUGUACAUUUGGGUAUUUUACUUGUUGUACAGUCCCUGUGAAAAAAUUUGUAGUCUAGCUUUUCUCUUGAAUUUUUUUUUUUUGCUUUAAGGGAAAGUUAAGGUGACAGAGGUCAGUAACAUCGAUGGGGAAGCUUAUGCCAAGUAAGUUCCAGAAUAUGAUCUGUUUUAGUGCAAACACAUCAGUAUAAGUUUUAUUUGACCUGAUAAGUCAAUAAAUAUGUUAUUAUUUCUCAUCUCUUAUCCCAUUACUUUUAUAGCAACAGAAAAGCUAAGCUGAUCUUUUUCUAUGAAUGGGUUAUCAGAUUGGAAUGGAAAGGUUAGUAUUCAUGCUUUAUAAUGAAUAUUUUUUGUUGUGGUAACUGUGUAUUAACUAUACUACAUAUUAACUUUACUAGUGAGUUAUGUUUUAGUGGAUGAUACUGUGAUAAACUUCAUUGAAGUGCAAGUAGAGUUUAUAGUCCAUAACCCCCUUGUUUGGGAAGCCAGGCUAGUUUGACAUUAACAUUGAUGGUCUUUGCUUUUUACUGCAAAAACUGAACUGCACUAGUUUCCUUGUGUCAUUAUUACUACGUGACUCAUUUGAGCAAGAUUAAUCUGUAUUUGAUCUUCAUAGUAAGCUGUUUCUUGUAGUGUAACAUUAAAAUUGCCUAACAUUUUAACAGGGACAGUAACAGAGAGUGACAAAGUAUGGAAAGGAAAAAUUGAAAUUCCCAAUCUAAGCGAAGAACAUGAUGCGGAUGAGGUUGAUGUAAGUUGAUUUUGUGUUGUCUCACUGUGUUAAAACCCUUUAAGUCCCAAUAUCCACAGACAAAUUCUCCAAACUGAUCUCCAUACAUUUCUUUGAAGAAUUAGUUGAGAGAAUUUGGUAAAAGAUCAAAUAUUUUUCUCUUUGUGAUCAUUUUGUUAAUUCUCAUAGACUUUGCUCAUGCUAGUCUAUGGAUAUCGUUAGGAGAAAAAUGAUUUUGAGCACUAUUCAGGGCUUCUGAUAUUUCGCGGAAAAAAGAGCAAAAUUUCGCGGGAUUUUCUGGGGCAAAUUCGCGGAAAAAUCGGCCGAUUUCGCGGGAUUUUCGCGGGAGAAAAGACAAAAUCGCAGAAAAAUCGGCCAAUUUCGCGGGAUUUUAGCGGAAAGAAGUCAAAUUUCGAAGGAUUUUCAGGGGCAAAUUGUUAGAAAAAUCGGCCGAUGUCACCGGAAAUUUCGGGGGGAAACUUCGCCAAGAAACAAUCAGUAACAAAAAACCGAUUUCAUUGGAUUUUUUUGGCAAAUUUCGCUAAAAUCGAUCAAUUUUUAACGUUUUUUUAACAGGGAUAAUCAUUUGCUCUUUCAACAACCGUUCGCUUGAGAAAUGAGCGAAUCCUAAAGCUAUUAACAUUAUGGUUAGUGCCCAGUUUUUCGCAACAUUAAUCUAAGAACGCUUGGUAGUUUUGGGACGUUGUUUACUCUUUGCAGUGACGAAGUUUCAAGAUAAAUUUGGACAUUUGGGGUGAAUAAAACAGGUCUAAUAGCCAAGAUAAGUAUUAAAUAUGUUUUGCCGACAUGUAUUUGGAAAUAUUUCUAGCAGAUUUCGCGGUAUUUCGCAUUUUUUGGGGAAUUUCGCGGGUCCGUGACCGCGCGAAAUAUCAGAAGCCCUGACUAUUGGGACUUAAAGGGUUAAAGUGUGUAGAUGAGCUAACUGAAUACAUUCAAUACUACUAGGAAUCAGUAGGUUAACAUGAAAUAAUAGAGACCUUUAGCUUCACUAACAAGGAGAAGACUUGACUUAGAGUUUAUUUGCGUCUUGUCAAAAAAGAGACAUCCCCGAAAGCUUUUUUUUCCUUCAGAUUAGUUAACAUGGUUGUUUUUAUCGGAGGAGGUUAAGCCCUCUCCCAGUCACAAAAUGGUGAAACUUCUAACAUUUGAUAACUGUUAUGCUUGUUUCUGCCACUACGACAUUGUUUAUAAUACUCGUAGUUGAAUGACAAUGGCUAUCAUGUUUUCCUACCAGAAUGAUGCUUGUUUAUGCUUGCGUGCUACUUAUAAACUUAGUAUUGAGAAAAUGUCACAAUUAUAAUUAUUGUAGUCGUACUUGUCUUGUUGUACUUUAGGCCAAAUGAACUAGGAAAGGCACUUAUUAAUUUUUGCUCAUUUUUAAAUUUUGUGACUUCAGGUGUUGGUGACAGCAGAUAAGAGUUCUGAUGAAAGUCAUAAAUUAAAAGAAAUUGUGAGAACAGUUGGUAGAAAGUUGAUCAGGGAAAAGUUGGCUCAGUAUAUAAAGGAACUGAGACAAGGUAAGCUAUUUUUUUAACAGUAAUACACAUUCAAAGGGAUGAACAUUACAAAGUCAGCAAUGAGAAACCAAAAUCAUUUUCUCUUUAUUUGUCUGCCUUGUGAUUCUCUUCAUAACGUGUGAUUUUAUUAAUAACUCUAGGAGCAUUUGGUGUAUGUGUAAGGCAAUAAGUAAUGACUUCAACAAAUAAUAUUAACCUAAAGCAACAACAAUUAUGCUUGUGAUAUCCUUGUGAUAUAACUCCUUUAAGUAUUAAUUUUAUUGCUGUUUGUAGAAUUCAGUCAAGGAAUGAUUCUUCCAUCCAAAGGCAGUCCAAAUCCUCAGAGAUCAGCUAAUGCAGAAAAUAAGGAGGCAUUCAAUGCUGGUGUUAAUAAUUCUGCUGGUUCAGCAAAAAAUGACAAAAAUAAAAGUAAGUUGCAUAAUUAUGUACAACUUUUGUCAACUUUUUUUGCACAGCUGCUCAAGCGAGUUGAAAGCGAUUCAGUCCUUAAACAACACUUUGCUAGAAUCAGCAACAUACUAUUAGCUGAGACACUCUACCCUAAAGUGCCUCUCUGAUGUUUUGCCAGCUUAAAAAGGGGAAAAUACAUGUGAAGCUUUCCCUCCUCCACCCCUUCUUGUAUUUGUUGUGCCUCUGUUGUUAUUGUAGAAAAUAACAGAACUUCCCAACUUUGAAUGGAGGGGAGGGGUGUGGACUGUUUUGCUCUCCAAAGUUACCCCAUUUGGGGAUGAUGUCUUAAAAAUUUUGUCAACAAUUGUAUGCAUAAGGCUGUGCUCUACGAAAAACUAUGAUAAGGUACCUGCUGCUCUGAAACUGUGAAAUCCCGGGUUCCCAGGUUAUUCAUGAUCUCUAUGAAAAAAGAAUGAUUUUCUUGUUUCUGCAUGAGCAAAGGUUGGGUGCCAGAGGCCACUAGGUGCUGCCAGAGCACAGCAUUGGAUAAUUAAGUACACUGGUAAAAAACUGGAGCUUAGUAUAGUGUGCCAUGAUUUAAUUGACUGUAUUAAUACUUUAGGCCAAUCAAGUGAACUGAUUUGACCUCUACUGGAUUAUGAAAAUACAGUUAAACUUUAUACACACGUGGCCACCAAUAAAUUAAUAUAGUAAUUUUAUUAAUAUUGAAUGAUUUUUAAUAUCAACCUUUUAAUUGAUAUUAAUUUUGAGGGUCAUAUUAAUUGAUUAUGAAUAUCAAUAGUUUUAUUGAUAUUUUAUUGUUAGUGCAUGACUAUCUAAAAUACCAAAACCAGUUUUCUCAGUCAAAGGACUAUGUUUGGAACUUCCCAAAAGUGACUAACAAACCAAGUGUGAAAUUGUUCUCAUGACAUGAAAAUAAGUUUUAUUUGCACAGGAAGAAAAGAUAAUUUUCAUAUCAAUGGCUUUGCACUUGGUUUAGGGCAACUUGAAAAUGAUCUUAUAAUCUCUUUCAUUUUGGGUGGUUGCCUACAGGAAGGUGGAUGUGCUCCAAUUUCCCCCUACUGUUCCUUAUUUGAUGGCUGCCGCUCAAGCUAGCUACUAUGCCGUUUGCCAGCUAUUGCAAAAGCUGUUCCCUACCAUGCAGUGCAUCUAGAGUUAAUAGAGACCUUAAGCAGCUUUUUUAUGGGAUUCUACAUGUUACUGCAGUUUGCAGCUACUCGUUUGCAGUUUCACGCUGCCAGGAUUUCAAAUUUUUAUUGAUUGUUUAGUGCUGCCAUUUAGUGCCACAUUUUCGUCAAGUCAAAGUGCAUCAUUUUUAUUGCCCAAAAACAUGAAUCAUUCAUUGAUCCGAGUUCAAAAAUCUUACCAGCAUAUUGCAGGGAGAUAUAGAAACCUACCUCAUGCCUUUAAACGUUAGGCUGUACAAUUAUUAGUGGAAAAAACCUUGCCUUACGUCACCUACCGCUAGAAGCUCUUCCUGCCGUUCAAACUUGAACUGUAAACUGCAAAUGUGACCGCAAGACCGUGAUCACACAUGUCCUUAGAACUCAGGUUUGCCGUUUCCCAUGGAAGACCUGAUACUAAAGUUAUCUAAUGUAAGACUUGUAACUGAUAUUUUUUCCAUACAUUCCUCAACUUAUUAAGUGACACACCAUUUAUUUUUUCAUCUUGUUUUGAAGGUAAUACAACAGAAAAGGUGGGCUGUCCCAUCUCUACCAAGAAUUUGACCAUGAAAGAAGAGUUCCUCACCACUGCAGAAGAUUUAUAUGCUGCGCUAACAGAACAAGAGGUAUUGUGAAUUUUUCUGCCAGGGAUAGGGGUACUCCCUUGUGCUGCUGAACAGAGUACGGAUUCCUUAUUUGCAGUCGAUUAAUUAGCCACCCUCACCUGGGUGCAAAUUUUUAGGCUAGAGUGUGCGCUUAUUCGUGGUAGGUGCUUUUGCGAGGCUGGGCUGAAGAUCACGACAAAACACGUAAGUAAUAGCCUUGUCACACACGAGCGUUUUGUCGUCCUCUUCUUCCUGCCAUCCUGUUGCAUAAACUCACUAAUGUCUGGCCAAAAUGGUGACUUGGCUGGCCUAAAACUUCACUCAUCGGUCAUGUUGACUAGUCCUCCACACUCUCAUUCUUGAACAAACAGCCAAAUCCUUGCCUGUAAAUCUUACAUUUUUGUCUCUUUGUGCAAACACAAUCAUGUUCACGACUGGAAAAUGACACAAGGAUUAGUUAGCUCCCCCCCCUUCCCUUACAUUUUGACCGGUCAGAAACGGUCAAAAAUUUCUUUGGCUGGUCAUCGUGUCCGGCCACCGCCCGAAAAUUAUUUUGAGCCCUGAAUUGUUUGACAAACAAUUUGCCUUCUUCCAUAAUAACUGCAGAAACUGGAAGCGUUUACUCGGAGUUCUGUGAAAGUGGAUGCUAGCCGUGGAGGAACGUUUGUUCUCUUCAAUGGAAACGUGACAGGAAAAUUUCAAGAGUUGGUAAGUAAACACACAAACAAGUUGGGCCUUGCUAAUGCUUUGUUGGGCUCAACAUAUAUAUCUGGAAUUAGGUUUUAUUAGGAAAAUCACAUUUAGCAGUGAAAUACUGUAGAGUUAGCCAGGACAAUAAUUUAUCUUAAGCUUCAAGGGUAUUCAUCAUCAUCAGCUCAGUGGGUAGAGCCUUGAAUGCAAAGUGUGAGAUCGUGGGUUUGAUCCCCGGGGCCCGAACGAAUACUCAGGGUCUUGAAAUAACUGACAAAUGAAGGUACGUCCUUUGCGCGACAAAUGACCAGACCUUCGUGUGGCUCAGAUGACCAGGUAAAGAGCAAGGCCGACCCAUCUCCAGUAGGAGACAUGAGAAUUCUGUCCUUCAUUAGUACCUUCGUGCUAAAUACAUUGACACUCAAAUAAAGUGCAUUUUUAUAUUAUUAUUAUUAUUUUUAUUGCAGUCAAACCUACUGUGGCCCAGAAGGGUCACACAUGCAAAUUAAAAAUGUUGCUGCAAACUAAAAAUUUUACCUGCAAAUUAAAAAUAGGACAUGCAAAUUAAAAAUUGUACAUGCAAACUAAAAAUAUUACAAACAUGACACAUGAAUGGGCCGACGGCUGUAAGGCCAGGUCGCAUGGCUCUGACCAGGUCCUCAUCACUUAUACUGCACGCGCAGGACUUUUUAUUUUUAAUUUGCAUCGAUAUGUUUUCUAUUUUCAAUUUGCAGCACAAUAUUUAGUUUGCAUGUACUAUAUUUAAUUUGCAGGCAAUAUUUUUAGUUUGCAUGUACCAUUUUUAAUUUGUAUGUACUAUUUUUAAUUUGCAUGUGUGACCCUUCUAGGCCGCCGGACAAACCCUGUUAAUACGGACACUGAUGGGGCCCACAGAAAGUGCUCAUACUAACGGGUCUGAAUUUAGAGAAAAUGUAAGGGCUUUCUUUCCCAAGGGACAAAGCAAACUGUCUGUUAUACUUAGGUGUCUGUAAUUAAAGCGGAUUUUGACUGUAUUGUGGUACGGCUUUGUGGGAUGUCCGCGAUUCGAAAAGUCCAUACUAUGAUUGAGUGGAAUGUCUUCUUGGGCCUCUCCUUUCUCCCGAGUCUUACCUACCUUUCUUCUUGUUAUUACUUUUGCCAGGUUUCUGACGAGAAGAUUGUAAUGCAGUGGAGAUAUAAAAGCUGGCCAGAAGGUUAGAAUGCUGCAUUUUUUACUCUGACGAAAAAAAAAGCAUUUGCAGUCGAACUGUUGGGAAGCUCUGCGUUAAAUAAGUUCCCUAUCUAUGCGGUACCCCACCUUCAGUCCUUAACCGAGUAAAAUAAGAAAACAAACCGCCUUUUCCCCAAAUCAAGGAUGAAGCCACGUGAAGGCUAAUGUGCGACUGCCAUUUACACAUCCUUGAUGUGAAGGGAAGGGGAGGGGGAGCGUUUUAGCCGUUUUGUUGCUUGGGUACACUGCCUGCGAGGAAGGUCCCCAUCACGGGCGAGCUUCUCUCUCGCGUCUCUUUUCGCGAUAUAUCCCUCUAAAGGAGAGCUUGCUCGCAGGCCAGUAAUCUUGUGAAAAACAUUUAUGACGUCGCUACGCGCUGCAACGUUUCCUGCGACAUCUUCAAGCGCAACAUUUACCGCUGACCAACAGUAUGAAAAUUGUGAGAGGGAAAUUUGAUUGGCUCGUUUUGCCCGAUCAAUAGAUUUGCUCGAUUAGUACUCUACAGAUAAGGAAGCAAAAAAAUAAACAUUCAUUGUGUGAGCAAACGUUUUAUUUAUCACCCGUCUUAAGAAAGGAUACCCCCCCUUUCGCGCUGCCUUAUGAAAUAGCCUUGGCCCUUUAAGGAGUUACUGUAGGAGGUAAACGGUACAAAAAGGCCCCAGUUGUUGAAAAGGUGGAUAACGUUAUCCACUGGAUAAAUCUAUAUCUACUGAAUACACAAUUGGUCUCCCUGGUACUUAUCCGCUGGAUAGUGAUUUAUCCGUGGGAUAGCGCUAUCGGACGUUUGAACGGUCGGGGCCUAAACAUAUAAUUCUCCUGAGUGUAUUUUUUUAAAGAACGAACGAUAUAACACUAAUGCACUAAAAAGACAGACCCACGUUUUCAAACGUCUCCACGAUCCAGAAUGUUUUUCCUCAAACCUCGCGCAACCUAUGAUAGUUUCAGAGCCGACAAAAGACCAAAACGCGCACAAUAUACACUUUGUCAAACCAAAAACGCAUUAUUCUAGACAGUGUCUACGAAGCAAAAAUGUCUGACUUUGGUUUUGUUCAUUCCCUGAUUCAGGUCACCACUCGACAGCAACCAUCACACUGGACCAACAGGAUGAUCGCACCCAGCUGACGUUAACCCAGACUGGAAUUCCAGAAGAGGAUUUUGAGCGAACAAAAGAGGGCUGGAAACAGUAUUACUGGGAAAAUAUGAAACAGACAUUUUUCUGGGGCAUGAAAUAUUUCUGACUAGAGUUUCUGUAUGAUUUGGCGUUGUUUUACUUUGAACACGUGGUUGUCACCUAACAUAACGAUAUUCACAAUCUUUCUUUAGAGUACCGCAAUUGCCUUUUCGUACAGAGAGAAUCGAAAUGAUCGAGUCAGCCGAGUAUUCUUUUCAAUGUUUGUUUGUAUUUUUUGUUGAUUGUUCAGUGCUUGUCUGAAAGUGUUAAAAGUUAAAUCUUGUCUGGUUAUUGAGUAAAUAAAAUAAUUUUUUAGCCUUA